AUGCCGAAAGAGCGCAACUUCAAUCCCGUCCAGGCCCAGCGCAAAGCCGACAAGGCCAAGGAAAUCAAGAAGGGAAAGGCUGAAGCCUCAGCUCGCAGGAAUGAAAAGCUCGCCAAGCGCAACCCGGAACGCAUACAGAAACAAAUCGAAGACCUCAAGAAGAUCACCUCUAGCGGCGGCAAGCUCACAAAACAUGAAGAAUCGCUACUGGAAAGCCUCGAGCGAGACCUGAAGCAGGUCAAGAAGGCCCGGGAGGCGCUCGGCGACCAAGCACCCACUUUCGGUCGUAAUGGCCCGAGGCCUGGAGGCCAGGGCGUACUGGGCAAAAGACGACGCGACCAGGAGGACGUAACCAGCGACGAAGACGAUGUGCCCGAGGACGUGAAAAGAAUACCCAUGCCGCGGGACACACCCCCACCGAUUCCCAAGGAGAUACUGGACCAGUGGUGGGCAAAGAGGCGGGCGAGACGAGCAAAUGCCAACGACAUACCUUUAGGAGAAGGUAGAGGAGGCGGGGAGCGCCAAGCUACCAAAGAGCCCUCUGCUCCUGCAGCCCCGGUCGCAGCACAAACAGUAUAUGAAGCCAAGCCAGUCAUUCGUGACCUCAAGAAGGAAGCAGUCAGCGCAUUCAUGCCGACAGCAGUGCGAAUGAAGAUGGAGAAGAGCAAAGGCCGAUCUGGACUUAUGGAGCCCGACGAAGCAGAUCGCUUGGAGCAGGAGGGCUAUCUUGGCACAACUACAGCAACACCGGCGGCACCAGGUCCACGGACAGUGACGAUGGAAGAAGUGGACGACGAGGACGAAGAAUGA